AUGCAAGGGGAGAUUCCUGUAUGUGAAAUCAAAAUUGAAGAUAUUGGUACUGAAAUAGACUAUUGGAAACACUCUGUAAUCUGCUAUGUGCUUGGGGCUCAUCCCUCUUUUGCUGUGUUGAAUGGUUUUAUCCAACGUCUGUGGGAAAAGUGGGGUAUCAACAAGGUUGCAAUGCUACAAAAUGGCAUAGUUAUUGUUAAAUUUGAAGCUGCAACAGGUAAGGAUGAUGUUGUUCAAGGAGGAAUAUACCAUUUCGACAACAAGCCAUUUAUUGUAAAGGCAUGGUCUCCUGAGAUGGAGUUCACGAGGGAUGAACUUCACUCAGUACCAAUAUGGGUUAAGCUACCUGGCCUGGAUUUCAAGUACUGGAGCCCAAUCAGUUUGAGUAAAAUUGGAAGUCUCAUCGAGAAACCUUUGAUGGUAGACAGUCACACUGAAAAGAAACAAGGGUUGAAUUUUGCAAGACUCCUUAUUGAAGUGGACAUUGAUACGGACUUGCCAGAAAGGGUGAUGUUUAAAAAUGAAAGGGGGAAUUUGGUUGAGCAGAAAGUUCAAUAUGAUUGGAGGCCUAUAAUAUGUAAAUUUUGCAAAAAGUAUGGGCAUAAUAUAAAGGAAUGCAGGAAGAAUAAACCACCAGGAGAGGAAAAAGACUAG